GUCGUCCACACAGUCGCGUGCCGUGCGAUCGUCUCCGACUCCUUCUAACUAUAUAUUAUAUUAUUUUGGCGGGUAUACAUUCGCACGGACGACGGCCUACGUGACGUGAAUCGGUAUGCGGCCGUGUUGUCAACGCGCCCGAAUCACUAGUGAAAUCAUUGACUUGGUGUACUUGGAUUGCAGUGUUGGAUCUUAGUGUGUUGUUGUUAGACUGUGGUGUGCUUUUUGUUUCGCUCACCUGUGGAUCCUUAACUAUCGAUAUAGUGUGUGGAAAAAAAUGUUUGUACGUGGUGUUGAUUAACAAAUACAGUGAAGUGUAAGCUUCGGAUAUUAUUUUUUGUGCAACAGUAUCUAUAACUUAGUCAAAAUUUCGUUCAGUGGCAAUAACAGAGGGGCUGGUAUGCAUAUGUGCUAUGAAAGACCGCCCGCAGUGGUGACCGCUCUAAACGGGGGCAUCGGGUACGACAAGUGGGACCGUGGCGGGGGCGACGGUCGCGCGUCGUGGGCGGGUCGCGACGCUCGCGACACACGCGACACACGCGACACCCGCGACACUCGCGACACCCGCGACAGAGAGCGCGACAGGGAGCGCGAGCGACAGGCGCGCGCGCACCAAAUGUCGCAGUCGCACGCGCCAGAACCUGAUGCCUCGUCACUGUUCCCCGCACCAUUCAGGGUGACCAACAAGGACCGCGUCAGUCAGCAGAUUCAGAUCAAGCUUGGUGACUACCGGCUCGCCCAGACUCUCAUCGACGACCCCAGCAAAUCCAUCGGAAUAUGCGCCGAGCCAGCCAGCCCAGCGCCCUGUCACCCGUCCCGACGCGAGAAUGAAUUUAAGAAGCCCGCCCACGCACCACAAAAUGGCCGGAUUUACCACCGACCUAACAUCUACAACAAGAACGAGGGUCUGAAUACAUCCGGUGUCCCCGUUCAUCGACCACCGCCCUUACGGAUACCAAACGGUAUCCAGACACAGAAUGCCAUCGACAGCCAACCGCCGAUUGAAAGCAUAUUAAAGGAGAUGAAAUCACUGCCGACACCUCUGUCAGUGAUAGCAGCGACGCCGAGGAAAGAGCAAGAAAACAAAUUCAUAUUCAAUCCUUACACGAAUAAGGUGCAAGAGAAUCCGCAGCUAACUAACAACGGUCUCAAAACACCCAUCACUAAACCCUGUUUGGACAAUCGGAUAUCAAACUCAAGGAGUUCAGUAUCACCUGACGUGGUGAACAAAGAUCUCGGUCUGUCAGAGAGCGAUGAUGAAGUAGCCGCAACCACCACAAGGCUUGAACCCAUCCUCUCUCCUAUCGGUUCCGGUGGUUCUCCGAGUUCUGGCAGUUCAUCUCCAUCAGAUUCUGAAUCGGAGUCAUCAUCAGCGGAGUCCAGCCCGGCGGUGCCUCCGCCCGCACCCGUCCCAGCACCACAGAGGUCUUCUUGGAGCCUGUCGAACUUCGCUCCACCACCGCCACCCGACCACGCGGAUCUAAGUAAUGUUUUGGCCGACGCUAAAGGGAAACCGAGCCCAAUUUCAGAGUUAUCCGACUCUGAAGCAUCGUCGCCUUCUCCUGGCGCGAGGAGACGGAGAUCACUUGCCAACAGAACCUCCGCCGCCUCCAGUGACGAUGAAGCACCAAGACCUAACCCGGUUCGAACCCAAACCUCGCCCACCAUAGCUCAGAACACGGGUGUGAAACGCGGCAGGCCCCCCAAAGCCCGGACUUCGGAAGAAAGGCCGGCAAAGAAAAAGCGUGGCAGACCUCCGAAAACGAGGCCCCCAUCACCGGCCCCGGACAGUGAGGCUGAGGCUGACCCCCCGCAACACCUUCAGGAAACCAAGACCCAUAUAUUCCGCAAGGUUUUCACGCCCAAGAAGACGGACGAUGGAUGCGGUGGAAAAGGUGGGAAAGGAGGAAAAGGGAAGGGGAGUAAGGGAAAGAGUCAAGUGACCAUCAUAGAGGUGACGGCUCCUGAACUAGGUACUGGCGGUGAAGAUAGGAGACACAGUGAGAGAUCAGCGGAACGAAGGAACGAAGAGGCGAUCGCCAGAGUAUCACCGCCACGGGAACCGGAAACACUAACACGGAAACGGGAAGCGGAUAGAAUGGCCAACGAGAGGAUACAGGAAAGAGUCUCUAUAGAAAGGCACGACCGGAUACAAGAGAGACCAGACAGAACCCCCAUCGACCGAAUACUGGACAGAACCGAGCGGAUACCGGAGAGACGGUCCAGCGACCGAUUACCACCCGACAGAAUAUCCAACGAUCGGAUAUCUUCAGAUCGAUUGUCGGAUCGAUCGUCCCUUAACAACUCGGAAAGGAAAUCAACAGAUCGAUUAUCGACUGACAAAAUGUUGAUCGAUCGGAUACACGGCGACCGGAUUUCGGUCGACAAAAUGUCUCACGACCGGCUAUCCGGUGAUAAACUCUCUCACGAUAGGUUGUCGGGCGACAAGUUGUCGCACGACCGACUAUCGAACGACAAGAUGUCGCAUGACAAAUUAUCAAUAGACCGGCUAUCAGGGGAUAAGUUACCUUUAGAUAGAGUCGAAAGGGUCGCACCAGAUCGCUAUAUAAGGGCGGAGGCUGACGUCGGUUUCGUACAAAACUCAUUACCGAACGGUUCAGAGCGUCGUCGUUCGCGGUCGUCUCGUCUAACAGUGUCCAUACCUCUGGCAAGAUUGAGAGUUGAAACACUCCGAGUAUUACAACGACCGCAAAGAAAUGCCCCAGCGCCCACGCCGCCAACGCCACCCACACCGCCCACGCCGCCCACUGACCACACGCUAGAGGGCGGUAGUAGCGGCGUUGAACGCGCUGGUCGUACCCCUAUAUACUAUUCAUACUUUGAAAGACUACCAGCCGACGCCCUGUCUGACGAGGAAAGGGACCAUAAAUAUUACCUCGGCGAAGCCAAACGUCUGCGCACAGAGGCCGAGAGGGAACAAGAGCCGCUCGCGCGAGUGAUGCUGUAUUUAGAAUCAGUGCUGUGCUUCGUCCUGACCGGUCGAGUGCUGGAACUAGAGCUCGAUACUAAACGGGCCUUCACUAUAUAUCGAGAGACUAUCGAAUACAUUAAAUCGAUACACUCGAUGCCGCAGCGGUUCAGAGCCUCCCCACAUUCAACUUUCAGCAAGUUGGAUAUCUUGAGUUUGCGGGUACAAGCGUUGCUGUACUUGCGCAUGUUCAAGAUGUACAGUCGGGAGGUGAAGGAAUACAACAAGAUUGUACAGGAGUAUCAGCAGAAGCCGGCGUGUGCGGAGGCCGUGUCCGGUGGCGCGGGUGUGACCGUAUCGUCGGCGCGCUCGGCGUCCCCUCUCUCGCCGUCUCCGUCGCCCGCGGGGUCGGUGGGCUCGGGCUCCGGCUCGGGCUCGGGCUCCGGUUCGGGCUCGUCGGGCUACUGCUCGCUAGCCCCCGGGGCUUACUGUACACUCGCACACGCGGUGCCCGCCCACGCCCACCACGCUCUGCUACAACUGACCAAGUAUUAUACGUUCCUGUACGUAGCACACGACCUAUGGGAACAGGCCGACUGUCUGUGUCGACUGAGACCCAAUCAAGAUCUAUUCAUCGCCGUGGACCGUAAGUGCGGGCCGCUGACUUUGUUUUCUACGUUCCGUCAUCUAGUGCAGUACGUGAGGCACGCUAUAUCGCUUCUCAAGAACGCCGCCAGGGAGUGACACACGACGUGACUACGUGACGUCACGCUCGCUCACGCGACCCAGCUGGCCGUCGCCGCGGACGCCCCGCGUGUCGGGCGCGCUGCAGGUUUCACACUACCCACAGUUACCGUUAUGUAAUCCAUGUACAUCUCUCCGACACUUGUUACUUAAUGUUAAAUAUAUAUAAGUUGUAUUUCUGUGUCGUCGGACUAAAUUUAUUGAUCAGCUAAUGUUCUUCACACAUCAAGAAAAAGGAAGUUAUUUGAUUUAAUCAAAACAACAACUGUAUUCAUCGAGUAUUCUUCGCCUAAUCUUCGCAUUAAGAUGUCGUCGGUCUAAGUUAUUAUUGUUAUGUGUCUCGUACACUUCAUCUCCGCGACGCCUGUGUUGAAAUUGUUUUGUAAUGUUUUUCUCUGUAUACGUACUAUAUUUUUUUUAUUGUGACCGGGUGAUUGUCCAACUAUUCGUAUUAGCUUGAAAUCGUCGAUUGAUAAUUUUAACACGACAUUUAAUGGUCGGGAGAUGCUGUAUUGAGGUUCGCGUGAUUCGUUAGCUCGACGUUAACAAAAAUAUUAGUUCUCGCCUUUUAAAUCAUCGUUUAGAGAUACUUAGUAGAAUAGUUAUAUUUUCUUAUUAAUUAUAAUCAAGACGGCACUCGCAACGUUCAUUAUUACGUAAAUUUAUUUUAAAACGACAAUUAUAUUUUACAUUCAUUAAUCAGAUGUAAUUAUCAUAUAUUUCUUUUUAACGAGACGGUAUAUUUUGGAUAUAGAAGUAGCUUAUUUUAUUUAGUAUAUAUAUGUAUAUGUAUUUCUGGUAGCUCAGCCAGUUGUGUGAACUCGGCCUUAGAAGGACUCGCUAGAUUCAUUGCUUAAGUAACGAAACAAAUCGAUUGACCAGAUCAAACUAUUAUUAUAAUGUACAAUAUUGUAUGCGAAGGAAGGUUUAAGUUGAACGAAAUCUGUGUUAGUGAGUGACGCCUGCUCCUGACGGCCGGGCGUCGAGCGCACCCGGCGUCGGAUACUUCAUUAGUACUUUAAGUUUUAUUAACAAAAAAAAAAACGUUUGAAAUUAAAUUGCAUUUCUCUCUCACUAAGUUUUGCAUUUGAUCGAUUCUAAUAUAUUUUUGUCACAUGUCGUCCAGAUGUCGUUUCUCAUAAUAAAAUCACAAAAUUCGUGUAUGAAUCCCAAUCGACUGCCAAAAAAUUAAAAAUUCUUCGAUCGCAUUAGUUUCACUUCCCAAGAUGAUGACCAAAAAGUUGUAUAAAUGUAUAUAGAGUCGCCAAGCGACUGCCGGCUAGACCCGGGCUGUAGUGACUAUAGAGUAUAUAGAAUAAUCAUAUCUUAAGUGUUUUCUUUGUCGUUUGUGUUAUCUUUGUAAAUGGUUUUUUACGAGCACUAGACACGUGCGGGCCAAUCGAGUAAUAUCUCAACACUGAAGGGAUCAUUUAGACGCCGUUUUGUGAUUUAGUUUCGCUUGCCUCGUAGUUGGGAUAGUGAGACGUUUCGAUCUAUUGAAAUGUAGGAUAAAAAAAAAAAACAGUUUGAACGGUGAACAAUAAUACGUCUGAACAAUGUCGAGCAAAAGCUGCAAUUUGAUCAUUAUUUCUUAUACAUAUCAAAUUUUUCGACGGGUUAUGGUGACCGGUUUAGUUGUAACGGCAUACUCGUCAUUGGUAUUCGGAAGGACAAUAAUUGUGUUUUAGGCGAGCUAGUUGCGACGAGCUGACAUAAGUCGUAUGAUAGAGCGCUCAGUGUGUAACGUGUCCCGUCGCCUGAACAUAUUUUUAAUGUAAUCUGUGAGAGCACAGUCGGCAACAGUGACAUCAAUUCGUUUAUAUCCGUAACACCAAACAAUAUUUCUCUCGGUUGUUUGUCAAAUGUAUGUUGUGAUUGUAAAUAUAUAUUAUACAUUUUGUAAUGAUAUACAUGUUAGUGUGAGAUAGGUUUUUGUAUGGAUGUUUAUAUUAAGCAGCUUAGUCCGCGUGUCGCGAUCGUGGUGGCUUUUAACGCCAUGUAAUGCUUCGCUAGUUUAAUUGUUGUUAUUUGAUUUGUCGCCAUUACAUAUUAAUGGGCUUGACAUACGCAUGGCAACACUGUUAGUGGUGAUGGCGGAGUCGCGACACUGGCAACACUAGCCGUCGCUAUAGGAUUGAACUAACACGGGAUCUACGUUAGUAACGAACGCCUUGUACAUAGUAUUUGAUAAGAAAUGUGUAGUUUUCAUUCUAUAAUUUAAUUUAUGUGUAAACUAUAGUUAUUAUAUAAGACGAGAACAUAAUAAAAUAAGAUUAUAUUGUGAGUGUUUGUGGCGAGGCUUGAGACUCGUAUAGUAACUGUCGAUGGAGCUUGCAGCGUUCAUAACACUAUUGUAUAGUAGACGGUGCCGUGUGCCUAGUGAGAUACACAUCGUUAACUAUCAUACUGACAGUCGUACAGUUAGCGUUGGACACUCGUGCUAAGGUCAGUCUCACCCACAGCUAGUUACCUGUCGUGUUCCGAUAUCACAAGGAUGAAGUUUGAAACGCGCUCAAGCUUUCAUGUUGAAACCUUCCCCUUUCAUUCGGUACUUAUUCGCACAAAUUAUUUAUAAUAUUUUAAUUCGUUAUUUAUUAUGACAUUGUUUAAUUUAUUGUACUGCACUUACAAUACGCGAUACUUAAUCUAACAACUGCAUUCACGAGACGUUUCAUACGGACUGUCCGUUAGUACAAGUUUGUAUCGGGAACACUAAAUUGAGAUCGUUAUUAGCCAUAUAACUAUGGUACUGUAAGUUUGACGUUGACGAUGCAAACUCGUAUUAAUGAUAUGGUUCUUUUUUUUGUUUUUAACAUCUGACAUAUUGUAUAUAAUUUGAUAUAUUAUUUAUUAUCGUUCUGAAUGCAACUUGAGCAGCAUCUGUUUCGUGAACUCGCAGCAUUGUACUUUUGUUUACUUUGUUAGUGUUCUUAGUUAUAAAUUACAAUUUGUCUCGGUACAUUAUACAUUUUGUUGCUUAUUUAAUUUUUAAGCUAAUCGAGUAACGGCUUCGAUACUAGUGUUAAAAAGUAAAUAUCAAGUGUCCUUGUAACCUGCAAUACAAAAUUUUACAGAUAAUAAAAUUUUAACAUAGGAGCAUAGAUUGACAUUUAGCUAUGACCUAUGUUAUGUUCUGAUAAUGUGUUCCGUACAUGUCGAUUCGCGGUAACAUCCGGACCACGUAUUAUCACGACAAAAAGAACCCUAAAAUUGACGCCAAAUUUUUUAACGACAAUUUUAUAUUUUAAGUAAUCUGUUUAUCGUCGGGCGAUCGUCUUAGGAAAUUGUAAAAUACUGUUUUUUUUUUUUAUUCAUUUGUCUUUUCUUUAAGUAGCGUCUUGUGUUGAUAGCGUGUAUAAUUUGUUUUUUUUUAUAUUUACGUUAAAAGAUAUGUAUAAAUUUGUUUUUCUUUAAUUUUAUUAUUUGUGUACUAUGCCCUAUGUUAUUGAUGAUAGAAUACAUUCAUUUUUAUGUAUAGUAUAUUUUUCUUUCUUUUUUCCCCCCUUUUUUUCCUUAAGUUUGAUUUGUUUUUAAUUUUAUUUCAUAUGAAUCGUGUUUUUUAAUAAUGUAGUCAAUUUAGCGUCGUUAAUUACUCGAAAUGGGGAUUGUGAGUGGUGAAAAUUAUACCUCGUAUAGAAGCAAUUAUGACGAAUAUUUUAUAUAUGCUUUUUAUAAUGUUAGCGUUAAAGAAGACUUCGGUCAAUUCAGCGUGGACGUGACGUUGCGAACAGUUUUAUAGUACAUUUACAUCGGCUAGCAGUUUAGGUACAUGUAUGUUAAUCUGAAUCGUUUCGUUGUCGCUGUGGCUACGGUUCACUACAAAACUUAAUAAUACAAUAUGUCCCAAUGAAAUUAACCAAAGUGAGUCAUAAUGCCUUAUAGAUUUGAGUAGUAUCAGUUUUAGGAUACGUGAGUAUUUAUAGGUAAUACAAUACAUACAUUUACACAGACAGUCGAUAUUACGUGUUUUAUUAUUACCGUUUUAAAUGUACCAGGACACCUCAGACGACUGUGUUCGUUCAAGUGAAAAACAUGUUGACAAUUUUUAUUAUAAAUAUAUAUAUAGGUCAUUAAUUUUUGUAGUGUAUUAAACUACAGACAGAAUUAGCGAUUAGCAAUAAUACGGAAUAAUUCACAAAACGAAGCACAAAUAGAUUUAUAUUAAAAUGAUCUCGUGCUGCGUUUGUUCGUGUGAGGUUACAUUAUGGAGACAUAAUGAGUUCGCUGCAAGCUCACGUGAUCACAACCAGAUAUGAAUUAUUAUGUUAGAACGACGUAACACUGCCUUUACUUGGUUAUAUGGAUAAUUGGAGAAAAGAAAAUAAUUUUUUAUAUUUAUUUACGCGUAUUAAACUAAAAUAAUGUAGCACACAUUAUUGAAUCCGUAUAAUACAUUAGUUUAAAAGAAAUGUAACCGAGUGCUUCGGACGCUUCCAAGUUAAUUUGAAUAUUUUAUAAAUUGGAAGUAUCCGUACGAAGCUUUUGUAUACGAUAGGUAAGAAAUAUGAACGAGACGCCAAUAUACAAAGAAAACGCCAAAUACGUUACUCAACACUGGGCGGAAGGCACUGCAAGGUAGGCGGACGGAAAGGUCGAGGUCGCGUGAAACAAAUUGGCGGAUUCAUGUUCGCUUGCUUUUUUCUCAUUUCUCAAUAACGUGUUGAAAUCUGCCAAGUUUUUUCAUGUGACCUUUAAUGUUAUUGGGUCAGAAAAGUGUCCUAAUGAUUAUUCAUAUUAGCUCUUAGUGUAUUUGUUAGUAAUAGUUCUUAAGUAAACCGACCAGGAUCUGUGGGUUUAACAUCCGGUGUACCUUUCUGUCACUCGGACGGUGUUUGCAGUGUCUUCCACCUCUAUCACCGCCUGCUGGUUUGGUUUUGGUUAAAGUGAAUUUAUUUAUUAAUAAUUGUUAAUUUUUUGAAACGGCAAAGCUGACAUACGUUUUGCCUCCUAACGAUGCUAUGAUAAUUAUUCUCGCGUUUGACCAAAAUCAAAUAUUCGCGGGAACUGCAACAAAAUGGAACAAGAGUAUAAACAUUAAUUAUAAGUGAAACGAGUGUCUAAUCGUAUCUUCUAAAAAAAAUAUCGCAGAGAUAUGUUUACAAAGAAUUCUUAUAGCAUUUAUGAAACGGAUGGUUCACAUUAAUGUAAAUGUAAUUAUAAGUUCGUGUCUCGAUGUUUAAUUUUAAUACAAAAGUAGACAGCAGCUAGCGGAAUACCUCACGGCCGAGGUAGGAAAUUUAAUAAUUUAUUUUAGAGUAAAUAAAGUUCAAAGUGGAAAUUAAAAUUGUGCCUUAGUGAGAAAUCGGUCAGCCAAUUCAGUUUGGAGGUGAUGAACGAUGUGGUGGUUACAAAUGUCGUAACUCUGAACAAUGAAGUAGCUUGAGUUCACUCCAAAGCGCCUGUGUUUGUCGCAGUACACUGUACACUCAUGCACGAAAUGUAUAGAUAAUUAUUGUUUAACGAGAUAACCCCCUCUGAGUUAUUUGAACUAAAUUAAUGCAAUAAUUUUUACAAUAUUUUGUUUUAUUGGAUGUUGUAAUUGAUUAUAUUUACAUUAUAUUAUAAAGUAGAUCAGUAUGUAUAUGUCGUAGCAAUAAUUUAAGAGUGGCAAUAAGGUCUAGUGGUUUUGCUUUGGUGUCUUCGGAUAUACUAAUAAGAUGUGUAGUCCCCUGUCCCCGCUAGUUCCCACUCCGAUGCUGUACACUGCUUACCGAACCUAGACUAUGUUCAAAAUCUUGACGUUUUUAAAAUAUAUUUUAUCAUACAUAAUAUCGAAAAUUAAGUAGAAACGAUUUAUAUUAAGUAUUUGAUAUUUCAUCGAUGUGCGUGUUCUAAUUAAUUUAUAAAUUCGCUAUUUUGUAGCAUUUUACGAAUGAAUGGCUUGAGAAUAUCCGGCUCCUUACUUCGAUUCUGACCGCUUUAUCCGUGAUGCAUAACCGUGUAUGACCACAGCAUUAUCGGCCCCUUGUCUGAACAAAUCACAAACAAACCUGGUUCAUUAUAACUAAUUGUUUCUCGUCCAAUUUAGUUAGACUCGUUUGUUAUGUUUUCCAUUUAUACAAUUAUAAGACAAAGUGCCAAGAGACGCAGUUUUCCAAAGUGCAAUUCGAUUCUUAUCUAUAUGUAUAUUAUAUAUUGUACCUCUGCAUUGUAAUACAUCUUUUUAGUGCAUACUAUAUUGCUUAGCCUACAAAAACUAAUAUGCAGAAUAUUUCAUAAUAAGAUUUUUUUUUGUUUUCUCAAACAAGAACUCGAGCAGAUCGCUGAACUUAUUAAGAAGUAUCCUGCAACUCGAAAGUGAAAAAAUAUACGGACAUUUUUGUAACAGGUAGAGUAACUGAAGGGAUGGUCCGGUCGCAUCCUAAAUUAUUUUUGGUAGUCUCAAUGCGGACGCGGUUAUAUGUGUGAUUAUUGUUACCGGCUUCGCAGUUUAUCGUCCGCGUCAGUAGCGUAAGUCGGUCGGCUUCGGCCGUUUCAUUAAGUAGUGCGUGUUAACAUAAGACAAACUAAGAUAGUGUAAAAUUGUUUCCCACGCCCGUCAGGCGUUAGAAAAUAUUAUUUUUCUUAGAUCACAUUAUAUGACACGUGGGCGGAAGUGACGCGGGAGUUCAGAGGAUAUUUUUGUACGCGUCACGACCGGGGUUUGUUAUGUUUAAGAGGAAAUAUCUAUUGUCUAUUCCAAGGGUUGAAUAACUACCAACACUUUUUUAUAUUACAAUAAUUAUAGAAAUUAUUAUUGAAA